AUGGCUUUGCAACUACAACUUUGGACAUCAAUUGAAAAGAAGAGCUCGAGUCAUCGUGGGUAUCUAGCAUCUUUAAAGUGCCUAAAAAAUCUAGUCGUUGGCAAGAUCCUGUUGUGUGAAGAAUUGUCAUUUAAAUAUGCUGAUCAGAUGAGUGAUCCACUAUCGACACACCAACUCGGUCUCCAAUAUCGCAAAGAUUCACUUCCGCGCAGUGAAGUUUUUCUAAUUCAGUGA